CCUCCUUUUUUACUGUCUCGGUAAAGGGGUAUGUGUUGACAAGGGAAAUCUGCAUCUGUGCAGCUCACCUUCAUUGAUUUAGGCAAGGGGCCCUUAAAGAGCCUCGAACCCCGUAGAAAGGAUCGCUUUUCAGUGCUGAAGGUCGAAAUACGGAGCGGACCAGCAUACGCCAAGGCUUUGAUUUGGAGGUCCGUCUGAUUCCUCCCAAUAAGCCAGCCUGGGGUGAUGGUGCUGAUGCACCGCCAAGCAGAAAGCCGCAGGGACAGGCUCCUUCCUUUUCUUCACUUAUUCUAAUUCAUCUAAUUCAUAACCGGGUUUCCAGUCAGAUGCAUAAACCAAGCAACCGGAUCACCGAGCAGCUUGUACCCCACUUAAAAAUGCUCUGACCCGAGAUUGGAGGCAAGGAGCGGCUCUGAUUCUGCGCUUUUUGCGGGGUUCGCACCGCCUCGCUGCUGCUGUUUCUAUAGAAGACUGGGAGGAAGAUGUUGGCGCGAUGCUACCGGGCCAAGCUGUCGGCGUGGGCCGCUCUGUGCGUGCUGGUGCUCGGAUGGUUCUACGUUUACCCCGUUUACAGACUCCCGAGCGACAAAGAGAUUGUGGAGGAGGUGCUGGGGCUGGGGGAAGUGUGGCAGAAGAAUCAGACUGGCAUCGAUCUGUACAGAACCCUGCUCACAGAAUGCUGCAAUCCAAAGUGGAUGUUUUCGUUGACGAAGGAGAACUCUCCUAUUGGCAAAGUCCUGUGGUACGACGGAGAGUUUUACCACUCGCACACCGUCAACAACGAGACAUAUUCUAUUUUUGUGCAGAGCAACCCCCUGAACUUUCCUCUUAAAAAGUGUGCUGUGGUUGGCAAUGGUGGUAUCCUCAGGAACAGCAGGUGUGGGCAGGAGAUUGACCAGGCUGACUUUAUCAUGCGAUGUAACCUCCCACCACUCACGAAGAAAUAUAUGGAAGACGUGGGAACAAAAACUCACCUGGUCACUGCCAACCCAAGCAUCAUUGAGAAAAGAUUCCAGAACCUUCUGUGGUCCAGAAAAUCCUUUGUGGAUAUUAUGAAGGCGUAUGGCUCCAGCUUCAUCUAUAUGCCAGCAUUUUCCAUGAAACCAGGUACCGACCCGUCGCUACGGGCCUACUACGCCCUUGCAGACUCCUCCUCCAACCUCACAAUGCUCUUUGCGAACCCAGAUUUUCUGCACAGCGUGAGUAAAUUCUGGAAAUCCCGCGGUGUUCAUGGCAAACGCCUCUCUACGGGGCUCUUCCUGGUCACCUUGGCUCUCGGACUGUGUGACGAGGUGACAGCUUAUGGGUUUUGGCCAUUCUCCGUUGACCUUCAAGAGAAACCCAUCAGCCACCAUUAUUAUGACAACAUUCUUCCAGAUAAAUGGUUCCAUGCCAUGCCAGAGGAGUUUGUCAAGCUUUGGCAGCUACACAAAAGUGGCGCUUUACGCAUGAGGGUAGGACACUGUCCUCCUCAACAUUAAGGGAGUUAGAGGACUUGAAGGACUCACUUAUUACAGCAAGGUAAUGGUCAUCAGAAAGUCUUGAUAGCAAAAAAAUCGGCCACUUGUCAGAAUAAAGGUAUUAUUUUUGCAUAUUUACUUUGGAGUUGCCUGCAUCGCACCCAUGCUGAGAAGACUUUCCCUGCUUUUCUCGGGUUUAAUACUCAAAUAUCAUAAGAAUGUCUAUUCCCUGACCAACACACAAGCAAGAAUUUGCAUACAUUCCCAAAACUUGUCAGACAUCUGCCCUUGUUUAUGGAGCAGUGUGUGUGAAUGUUUGUGUGUUUCAGUGGGAAACCUCAGCUGUGUAAGGGGGAUGAGGGAUGGACUUUCCCUUUGACCAACACAUGUGGUAGCUGGAUCAGAUCCCCAUCCCAGUUUCUAAUGUAAGAAGAAUGAAGAAGCAAAAUACCACAAGGGAAUAAUAAUAUACACUGAGAGAAAAUGGUUUCACGAAAGCUAGCAACUUGACUCAAGUGCAAUUUUUUGAGGCAUGGUGGUGAAAACAUGUUUUCAGUGAUAUGAUUUUGAUAAUGUCAAACAGGCAUGAACUACAUGCCUGUUUGACAAUAUCUUUGGUCUGAAAUACAGUUCUAGUACAAGACAAGAGUUGUUCAAACUCUAUCCCUUAGAAUGUUUAUCCAAGUUGCAUUUUUAACCUUUGAUCUAAAAGGGGAAAUCUGUCGUUGUACUUCAUGUUUUUGUUUGCCAAAUGUGAAUUUAGUUCUUUGGGGUUUUAAAGUGAAUUCUGUUGCUAGUUCAAGACUACGAAAAUAAUCUACCAAAAUCAAUGUGAACAAAUGGGUAUCUAAGCUUUGACUUGAAUCUAAUAAUUUUUUUACUUUUUGGUACAACACAAAGAGUUUAGGAUCACAACUUAACCCACUUCUGCAGAGAAUCUGCUGGAAGUAAUCUCUUAGUAGCUGGACUGUACUUGUCAAGUGCCAAGCCUGGGGAAACAGUGGACUCUUUGAUACACUCCGGACCAGUCCUCAGGCUACUUGUGCUCUGAAAUGAGGAGACGCGGAUAUAAAAAGAGGCAAUGAAAGACAAAGAGGACUCUAUGACACAAAGUGGGCUUUUAGUCAGUGUUGCUUGCCCAUUUAAAUGUAAGAUAUCUUUUUGAGGACAGGUGAGACUUUUUCCCUGUACUUUUCUUUUGAUAUGAUUCAGUAUUGUUUUGUUUAUUUUAUUUUUUGGCUUUUUUUGUAUCAGGAAAAGCAUUACAUUUGAAGCCAACACUUUUUAGAUGUUUUUUUUUGUACUUGAAAGCUCUGCAGAUGGGGAAACAUUGUUUAUUUGAGGGUGAUUUGUUUUUCAGUAAAGAGUCAUGUCAUAUAUGUUAUUGUGCCAUACUUUUAAUGGUGCAACCCUGAAAAACUGCAUGAGGAAUGCAGAUUGUGAACUAUAGUCAUCUCUACUAGAGGUACCAAACAUGUUUUGUAAGUUAGUGAUUUAUGUUCUUAUCCAUUCUGUCUGUAAAGCUGAAUAAGGUCCAGUGCCUUUUAGAUUAUUCUAAAGAAGAAUUCCUUUUAUGUUUUUUCACUAAUGUUAGUAGUGGGAUUUAGUCAGGAACACCUGUUUUUCAGUCUUCAAAGCUUUAGAUUUAAGCAAGUUAGCAACAUUUUUGAGGGUAGCUACAUCCUGCCCUUAAACUUUAUAGAAAUUUUUUUAUUUUGUCAACAUGCUGCUGCCGCAUAAAAGGCUACAUAUUACCAUGCAUUGUCUUUUGCGUAGCCAGUUCUCAAUAGGAAUAUUUAUUUCAUCAUCCAAUGUCUAGUCAGGCACACAACCAAAGAUUGCCAAAAACAUAUGUUACAUUGUGACAUUUAGACACAAUAAAAUUACAUUCAGAGAAGAAAUUGUGACAUCAAGAUCUUGAGUUUUUGUCCAUGCAAAACUGGUAUUUUUUGAAAUAAUUACUUAUUGGCUCAACUUUUUAUCUAUAACUGAUUCCAACUCACUCUUACAAGAACAAUAUAUUAUACACUUCAUUGUCGAGUUUAAGCCUAAAACAUGAUGAUAUUUAUUCUUUAGGCAUUGUCCCACAAAAUGCAUCACUGCGAAAACUAUCUAGAAAUAACUCAACAGGGAUGUCAUUGGCUGAAAUUAAGACUUAUAUCUCCAAAACAACACCAGCACAUAUGAUCAUUGUAACAGCAGACGUACACUGGCUAACAUACUAACAAAAAAGUCGAAGAGAGUGCGUUAUUUCAAACAAUAACUUAUAUUGAUAAGGUUAAAAACAAAAGCUUUGCUUUCCGAAACCAGCGUUAGAGCCAACUUUUCCAUGAGAGCAUCGUGGCAAUAAGCGUGACCUUUGUUGACUGUACCUCAAGUGGUAAAUGUUCUCAAACCGAUAAAAAAACAAACAUAAAUUGACAUGUGCAUUGGGGUGCACAGCAGUGUAAACUAAGUCUUAUACAACAAACCAUGUUAUCUACUCAGAAAAAUCAAGUUCAUAUAACUUAGUAAAGUAAAGUUUAAAAACUAGUAUAGAUUAAGUCAAAUGCACUAUUCAUCUUUAGUCAGGACAUUAAGAGAAAAUGACUUUAGAUUUUAUUUUUUUUGCAGUGAUCAAGCUGUCAUUGGAUAAAACUUUAUAUAAUACAUUUCCUUGAACAUAAUUUUGAUUUUGGCAGAUUACACAGUGUUAUCUGCCGCUUCCUGUUAAACUGAAAUGCAACAACUACACUCACCGGCCACUUUAUUAGGUACACCUGUCCAACUGCUCGUUAACACUUAAUUUCUAAGCAGCCAAUCACAUGGCGGCAACUCAGUGCAUUUAGGCAUGUAGACAUGGUCAAGACAAUCCCCUGCAGUUCAAACCGAGCA